UCGGCGUCUUUGCCUGGCUCCGCGGGCGCGGGUCGCCAUGACGGCGGCUGUGUUCUUCGGCUGCGCCUUCAUUGCCUUCGGGCCCGCGCUCGCCCUCUACAUCUUCACUAUCGCCACGGACCCGUUGCGCAUCAUCUUCCUCAUCGUCGGAGCUUUCUUCUGGUUGAUAUCGCUACUGUUUUCCUCCUUUGUCUGGUUCGUGGCAAGAGCCAUUACUGACAACAGAGAUGGACCAAUAGAGAAAUAUCUGCUGAUCUUUGGAGUGUUAGUCUCAGUCCUUAUCCAGGAAAUGUUUCGGUUUGCAUAUUAUAGACUUUUAAAAAAAGCCAAUGAUGGUUUGAAGACUAUUAAUCCAGAUGAGCCAGCACCUUCUAUGCGACUGCUGGCCUAUGUUUCUGGCCUGGGCUUUGGAAUCAUGAGUGGAGUAUUUUCCUUUGUGAACACCCUGUCUGACUCCCUGGGGCCAGGCACAGUGGGCAUUCAUGGAGACUCUCCCUACUUCUUCCUGAAUUCAGCUUUCAUGACGCAGGUGAUCAUAUUGCUGCACAUGUUCUGGGGCAUCAUAUUCUUUGAUGGCUGUGAGAAGAAAAACUGGUACCCGCUUCUUGCAGUUAUUCUGACCCACCUGCUGGUGUCAGCCCUGACCUUCCUUAAUCCGCAGUAUGAAGUAAGUCUGGUGUCAGCAUAUAUGAUCACGGUGCUCACUGGCAUCCGGGCAUUCUUCGUUGCUGGAGGCAGCCGCCGAAGCCUGAAACGAUACCUACUCUGCCAAGACAAGAACUUCCUCCUCUACAGCCAGCGCUCCAGAUAACCUCCCAGAGCCCGCACUCUCAACAGUAAGCUGCGUCUUUAGAGGAAGCAUAACUGUGCCUUUUUCUAAAAAUUCCUCUUCCUGGUGGAAUUGACUGAAAAACAAAACUGUCCAGCUGUGAUAUGGCUUUCAUGCAGCAGCUCAUCCAGCCUGCACAUGAGAGUGGCCUGGUGGGGAAACAAAGAUAACACUGGUUUCUGGGCUUCGUGCUCCCGGUGUAAUUGGUCUGGGCAUUUGGUGAUUUUCAAAAGCUUCCUCGAUGACUCUGAUGUGCAGCCAAGUUGAGAACUAUCAGUGUCCAAAUAGGAACUUGCUGAGACCACCACGAGUGAAUAAGAACCCAGAUGUUUAGCUGUCUCCUGACUCACCUAGUGCUGAAUGGCACGUCCUAGCCAGCCUUUGUCCUUUCCAGUUCUGAAGUCACAAAAGGCCAUGGACUGUUUCCUGUACUUCACUAGUACCCUGUCUUAUGAGAACAUGGCAGGCUGUGCUUCUAAAUGCAAUAAUACAUAGCACUGGAGCACUGUGAUAAUUUAGCCAAAGUGAGCUAUUGACUAACAAGCUGUAUUAGUCUGUAGUUUUUCCAUUCUAGAUUUUGCUUUCCGAGGCAUUACAUUGUUUUUCAGCAUAGAUUCAGUUUAACUAAAAACCCAAUCAUUUUCUGACUUCCUGGGAAGGUAUUCUGAAACCAGGAAUUUUCAUGCAAUUCUAUGAGUCUUUUCUGAGUGUAAGGCUUUUUCCGGGCCCGCAGCACAGCGGACUGCUUGUUGCUGGGCUGGUUGAGGUGAAUCCCAUUGUCUGCCUCUGAGCAGCGUGGCGGCUGCUGAGUGAUGUCCCUGCGCCAGGUUCGCUGGAACUGGAGGAAGUGUAGAAGGAAAACAAACCAAGAGGGUGGUGUGGACAUGAUUUGCUCCUGUGGAACUAACCAGCACUUGCCCCGAAUGGUGUAGUGGAAAAUUGGAAAUAAGUUUUCAACUGCCAAAUUUAUGCUUUUACAUAAUCUGUCUAAUCUGUAGAUCUACUAAAUGUCUGUGAGUGUUGGUAGCAGAUACAUAACUCCAUUGAUAGGAAUACCCAAGGUGUUUGUUCAGCUUCUAAACAUCGCUUUUGAUUUCCUUUUUAAAGAGAAAAUGCCAUGAGUUGUGCCUUUACUCACUUGAAAUGGUUUCCAGUUGAUGGCUUUUAGGAAGCUUAUGGUGGGAAAUGGAGAUUUCCUACACAUUAAAGUGAUAACCUCAGCGAAUCCCAUAUGUGCAGCAGACCAUCCCAAUGAAACAGGAGCAGCAGUGGCGGGGCUCACCAGUGAUAGGACGUAUGGAAGAACUGGAUAAAGUGAUGGGGAUUUUUUUUCAUGAACAUGUGCAAAAUGGAAAUGUGGCCAGUAUCUUGGGCUGCCACUCACCAUCAUUCUGGGAACCAGAACCUUACCGUUGAACUAGACCUUUUGCAAUGAAAUUCCCUCCUGUGUUUAAGUUACUAGAAUUUCUCAGUCUAGGGACUCAAGAGCAGUUGUAUUUCUAGCAAGGCUACAGUCUUGCCUGAAACAGCAAUUGCUUAGUCCCCUAAACAAUUACAGUUAUUCUCCUAAAGUGUACUUCAGUCCUAAGCCAAUGGUUCUGCUGGCAUUUGCAAUUUUCCACCUUAAUACGAGAUUUCCGUUAGGCUAGAAGAAUCAUAGGAAAAGCAAGAGAUGUAGAGACCAAACAGUGAGAUUUACUGUGCAGAGUUGAGGGGAACAAGAUUCCCACUGAAUUGAGCUUUAUUCCUAUUGGAACAUGGUAUUGUUUGAUGAACACAAUAAGAAAAAUACAUAGUUGGUUAUUGCUAUUGACUUAAAGUCUCUUAAAUGGUUAGUCUGAUAAAGUAUUUGCUGGCCCGUAAAGUGUAGAAAAAUCUGAGAAUGUUAAUAUUUUUCAUACUUGACCUCUGAGGAUGUCCUCUGUGCAUUGAUAGUUUCAUAUUAAAUAAGGAAGCUGAGAUACUGUAAAAUCUCACUUAUAAAAACUUCUCAGGUGAGAAGAAAAUUUUCUUUGAUGGUGAGACUGUUGUCUUAGUUCAGGAAGUUACUUAAUAGUCCUUGAUUACCUGUGAAUAAAGUAACUUUGUAAUCCCGAUUUCUUGUAGAAUGUGAGCAUUGUCAUAGUUAGCUUCAGCACUGUUGUUGCAGAUAGCCUUAGAGCCUUGCUUUGCCUAAUGCCACGAAAGCCCAGAGGGAGUGUACGGUCUUCCUCUGUUACUGUAUAUAUAUUGAGAUGCAAUUUUUAAAAAAUUGUUAUCUAUAAUGAGCUUUUGAAACUUGAUAGUAUUUGGAGAGAGGGAGAUGGUGUUGAUGUUGAAUGUUCUCCACACAGAGCUUCCUCAGUUUGGAGGGACAUGUAGUGGACCUUGAAAUGUGACUCGUGUUGCCACGUAAAUAAUAGAGAUUGAUUUUGUUACUCUCUAUACAUUUGUAUUUAUUUUUAAUUCAUUUAAAUUAGUCGUAGUAACUGGAGAAGUUCUGUUACCUCGAUCCUGGCCUACCUGUCUGGCAGGAUAGCCUCUUUUAGUGCAUCGUAAUGAAAACAUUGCUGAAAGGAAUAAAUGGUGAUAUCUGCAGACUGCAUAGAAAAUAGCUUUUGUUCUCAACGUUAGUAUCUCUAUUCUCAAGCACAUUUACGUGUUUGCUGAGAGUGUCAGAUUCAUUCAUAAAUGCUCGGUGUUCUUAUCCACAGAGUUGAUAGCACUCUCAAGCACUUCUUGAGAGUUCUGGUUUUUUGUUAGCUGUGUUUUUCCUGGUCCCCACCAUUCCUGACUCCAGGUAGACAGAGUACAUGUCACAACAAAACAAUUUUAAAGUGCUUUGCUUAGAGCACUUUGUUUAUUGCAAUGUUUACAUUUCUCAUUUUAUAAAAGGCUUUUUACUUCAUUCUAUUAAAUAUUAGUGUUUAGAGAGGUGGGUAUUAUCUUUAUGUACAAUAGGCAUCAUUUAAUAUGUUAUACUGUUAUAUAUACUUGCAAUAUCAGACCUUGCAGUCAGUACACAAUGCAGUACCCUCUUUCUAGACCUUUAUUUUUCAGUGAACAAUAAAAAGAUUGUUUGGCACUCUUCAUU